GAAUCUCACCCUCAACCCCAGCAGUGCCACCUUCGUGUAGUAAGCACACCCGUUCUCGUUCACCGUCUACCUCAACGACGUCAACGUCUGCUCGCGCCUUUCAUUCUUUUCUACCACCAUGGAGGUCCUACUCGACUUCUCAAGGGAGUUCGAUGUCCCCCUCAUGGACAAGGUUGUUAUGGCAUUUUAUUCAGGUGCUGGCCAGGAGCAACAAUUGGCCCAGCAAGUAUUGACUCAGUUCCAGGAGAAUCCGGAGGCAUGGACAAAGGUGCCAGAUAUCCUCGAACAUUCAACAUUCCCACAAGCGAAGUAUAUCGGUCUGCAAAUUCUGGAGAAACUCAUCACGACAAAGUGGAAAACCUUGCCUGAAGGCCAACGCCAAGGAAUCCGAAAUUUUAUUGUCGGAAUCACUGUCAAAGUCGCGUCUGACGAGGCUACACUCAGAAGGGAAAAAACUUAUGUCAACAAGUUGAACCUUGCACUAGUCCAAAUCUUAAAGCAAGAAUGGCCUCAGAACUGGCCGACAUUCAUCAGCGAAUUGGUCGAAUCAUCCAAGACCAAUCUUUCUCUCUGCGAAAACAAUAUGGUUAUCCUGAAGUUACUUUCCGAGGAAGUUUUUGACUACUCUGCAGAACAAAUGACACAGGCCAAGGUCAAGAAGCUGAAGAACCAGAUGUGUGGCGAAUUCUCGGAAAUCUUCAAGUUGUGCUCGGAGAUUCUGGAGGAGGCUCAAAAGACUUCCUUGAUCAGGGCAACUUUGGAGACUCUUCUUCGCUUCCUCAACUGGAUUCCGUUAGGGUAUAUAUUUGAGACGACUAUCAUAGACCUACUUCUUAAUCGGUUCUUGGAAGCGCCAGACUUCCGAAACAUCACUCUCAAGUGCCUUGCUGAAAUCGCUGCGCUUAAUGUCGGCCCCGAAUACGACCCCAAAUUCGUCAUUCUUUUUGCGAUGGUCAUGACAUCCAUCAACCGAAUGAUCCCCCCAAGUACCAACAUCGCUGCUGCCUACGCAAAUGCUGGUGACUCCGGGCAAGAGCUCGUUCUCAACAUUGCGUUGUUCUUAUCGAACUUCCUAUCGAAUCACCUGCGUGCCGUCGAAACCGAGGCCAAUCGUGACGUUUUGCUGAAUGCUCACUUAUAUAUGGUCAAGAUUUCUCAAGUGGACGAGCGAGAAAUAUUCAAGAUCUGCUUGGAAUAUUGGUUGAAACUUGUCGCGGAGCUCUACGACGAAAUUCAGGCUCUGCCUAUUGGCGACAGCGGUUUGCUCAUGGGUCUCAGCCUGGGCGGAACAAGCCAGAAUAUGCUCAAUGGCAUGAAUCUCAGGAAGAACAUCUACAGUGAUGUUCUUUCAAAUCUCCGACUGGUCGUCAUCGAAAAGAUGGUCAAACCAGAAGAAGUGCUCAUCGUCGAGAAUGAGGAGGGCGAGAUCGUUCGCGAGUUCAUGAAGGAGAUCGACACCAUUGUUUUAUACAAGUCGAUGCGAGAGCUCCUCGUCUACCUUACCCAUUUGGAUGUCCAAGAUACGGAAACUAUCUUAACUGAGAAGCUUUCCAAGCAGGUUGAUGGUUCUGAGUGGUCAUGGCAGAAUCUCAACACGCUUUGUUGGGCUAUUGGCUCUAUCUCCGGAGCAAUGAAUGAGGAGAUGGAAAAGCGCUUCCUUGUAACAGUCAUCAAGGACCUCCUCGGGCUUUGCGAGAUUAAGCGGGGCAAAGACAACAAAGCGGUGGUCGCGUCCGACAUCAUGUACAUUGUUGGUCAGUACCCAAGAUUCCUCAAGGCGCACUGGAAGUUCCUCAAGACGGUCGUGAACAAGCUUUUCGAGUUUAUGCACGAGACGCACGAAGGUGUACAGGACAUGGCAUGUGAUACGUUCAUCAAGAUCGCUCAGAAGUGUCGGAGGCAUUUCGUCAUGCAGCAGUCCGGAGAGCAAGAACCGUUCGUGGACGAAAUUCUACGGUCGUUGGACAGGAUCACUAUCGACCUUUCACCGCAACAGAUCCAUACUUUCUACGAGGCCGUUGGAUAUAUGGUCUCCGCACAACCGAACAAACCUCAGCAAGAGAAGCUCAUCAUAAAACUCAUGGACCUCCCGAACCGCGCGUGGGAUUCUCUCAUGGCGCAAGCCUCACAGAACCUCGAUGUUCUUAGUAGCAUGGACAACAUUAAAGUCCUUGGGAAUGUCUUGAAGACCAACGUCGCUGUAUGCACCUCCGUUGGCAGCUUUUUCCUGCCACAGAUUGGCCGUAUAUUCUUGGAUAUGUUAGGCUUAUACAAAGCCGUCAGCGGUAUCAUUAGCGAGUCUGUCGUGAGAGAAGGUCAAAUUGCGACGAAGACUCCGAAAGUCAGACAAUUGAGAACCAUCAAGAAAGAGGUCCUGAAGUUGAUGGAGACUUUUAUCCGCAAAGCGGAGGAUCUCGAGACUGUCAACAACAACUUCAUGCCUCCUCUGCUAGAUGCUAUCCUGGGGGAUUACAACCGCAACGUACCAGCAGCACGAGACGCGGAAGUACUCAAUGUUAUGGCUACGAUCAUCACGCGACUAGGACCUCUGCUCACGCCGCAGGUCCCGGCUAUUCUCGACGCGGUGUUCGAGCCGACGUUGAACAUGAUCAACCAAGACUUUGCCGAGUUCCCUGAACACCGUGUCGGCUUCUUCAAGCUCCUGCGGGCGAUCAACUUGAACUGCUUCCCUGCCUUGUUGACCCUCCCACCACCACAGUUCAAGCUGUUCAUGGAUAGCAUCAUUUGGGCUAUUAAGCACACAAUGAGGGAUAUCGCGGAGACAGGAUUGAACCUGUGUCUCGAAGUGAUCAACAACUUUGCAGGCGCCGAUCCAGCUGUCGGGAACGCAUUCUUCCAGCAAUAUUUCCUUAGCAUCAUGCAGGAUAUAUUCUUCGUCCUCACUGACACUGACCACAAGAGUGGAUUCAAGCUCCAGAGCUUGCUUCUUGCUAGGAUCUUCCAGCUUGCCGAGACAAACCAGAUCGGCGUGCCAUUAUUCGACCCUGCAACAGUGCCAGAUCCCACCAUCAGCAAUGCUGUCUUCCUUCGCGAAUACACUGCGAACCUCCUCAAAAACGCAUUCCCCCAUGUGCAAACUGCACAAAUCCAGACCUUCGUCGUGGCUCUCGGGGAAUAUCACAGCGACAUCAAUCGAUUCAAGUCAGCACUCCGAGACUUCUUGGUUCAACUCAAGGAGUUCUCAGGUGAUAACGCUGAGCUGUAUCUCGAGGAGAAGGAAGCAGAGGCACAGCUUCAAGCUGCAGCUGAACGAGAAGCAGCCAUGCGUAUUCCAGGCAUGCUCAAACCUUCGCAACUCGAGGAUAGAGAUGAGGACAUCUAAGCUAUGGGGUAGACCGGUGCGUCUUGAGGAUGUUGGUGUAAGAUGCAUUCCCUUGAUUCCCCCCAGUAUCUUGUGUAUGAUUUCGCUGUCCAGCUAUUUUUCUUAUUAUCCUUCUUUGCUAUCGUCCAUCGUACCGUCUGCAGCAGCAAUAUUUCCAAUGUAACAAUAGCGUACUUAGUUAGGCCAGGAAUACACAGAGUCAUAAUGUAUUUACUAUGGUGAUUAGAGAUGUUCUGAAUAGGUUGAAGUAAUGUAUCUAUCGAGAUUAUAGUGAUAGCACGGUAGGAAAGAAAGAUCAAUCAAUGUACGAGGAUGGGGAUGUGCUGUCUAUGUUGCAGUCUUUUCGGUAUCUUGCUGCGAAUCCUCUGAUUUGACUA